AUGGCCAUGCACUACCCGAUGGCCUUAGGCCUCCUCAAAGGCCACAAGAUGACCAAGAAUGUGAGCCAGCCAAGGAACAGAUGCUGCUGCGGGUGCCUCACCAAACACACCAAGUUCAUGCAGGACAUGAUCCGUGAGGUGUGCGGCUUCACCCCAUCUGAGCGCCGCCCCAUGGUGUUGCUCAAGGUCUCCAAAGACAAGUACAUGCUCAAGUACAUCAAGAUGCGGGUGGGGACCCACAUCCAAACCAAGAGGAAGCUCCAGGAGCUGAGCAAAGUGUUGGCUGCCAUGCACAAAGUGGUGGCCAAGAAGAACUGA